CUAUGGGGUGGGAUCAGAAGAGAAGCAGACACAGGGGAGGUGACAAGAGGAAGAAAAAAGAGGUUGGAGGCAUUCCCUACAUGUGACACCACUCCUCCAAUUUUAAAGGUAUUAUCCCUGAGGACAUCUCGAGGAAUUCCAUGCUAGAAUAAUCCCCAUUGUGCAGACAGGAGGCAGACAGGCCCUGAGAGGCACAAUGGCUUAUCCAGGAUCAAGAACAGGUGAGAAUGAGGAGCUGUGUCUGCGUCUCUCUCAAAGCUGGGACCCUGGCUGCACCCAGACCUUCUCAGGGGCCAGUGGAGACAGGUGUGUUGGUGUACCCGGGUACAGAUAUGAUGUUGCCUGGAGAAGGGGGGUGAGCAGUCAGCAGCCCAGAGGACUGUUUGGAUGGGUGUUAUCGCAGGAGGGGACACAAGUAAGGGGACUCCAGGAAGUGAAGUCACUUCCUUGACAACAGACCCCAACAGAACUUGGAAGCCCCGUAACCAAGGACCCACAUCCUCAUACCCAGCUCACUUGGCCGGAGACAUCUGGUGUUGAAAGAUGUUCUCCCGCCAUAUCGCGACUCACCAGGGCUCUGGUUUCCAGAAACCCCGGAGGGAGAACUUUUUGACCCGUUCUAGACGUUGGCUCAACUCUCAGGCUGGCUGCCUCUGGCCCUUUGCCAGGAGGUCCUCUAAGAGCUCUACGCAGGAGACUGGACAGGAGCUGAUCCAUGGGGUCCUCUACUCGACUGCCCCGCAGCAAAGGAGGGUGCCCCACACCACUAACAGAGUCCAGCACCGGCUCAGGGGUGAGAAUCCUUCAACAGCCAAGAGGGAGGAGACCCGCAAGGUGUGGAGCACGCAGGGUGGCUCCAUAGACAAGCUGGUGGAGCACCUGGUGCCCGCCUUCCUGGAAGGCGACACCACCUACAUCCACAGCUUUCUCUGGUCACACAGGGCUUUUGCCACCACCCUGCAGGUGCUGGACUCGCUGUGUCAAAGAUACGGGUGCAUCCUCCCUUACUCCAGUGAGGACAGCGGGCCCCUGGACCAAGUCAAAAACACCAGCUCCAGAGAAAGAUCCAGCACCAGCUCCCACUCUGGUGACCACUACAGCUCAGAGCCACACAUUCAGAUUCAGAGACGGAGCAGGCUCCAGCCACAGGUCGCCUUCAUCUUUAAGACCUGGAACAACCACUCGCAUCCCCUCAGCAACUGGCCUCAGCUCCUGAGCUCCAGCACCACAGAAUUCCUUCCCCUCCCCUAAUACUGCAUUUUUUAAAAUGUUUGUUUGUAUCUUACACAUACUCAGUGGUUUCCUAUAUUUUACCCUAUAAUAAUCACUUAAAUAAAAUUUAAUUCUU